AAAAUCACUGAGCUGCAGACGCAGCUCACGAAUCUGAAAAAAGAACGCGCAGCAGAAAAAGAUGCAUCGGAAGCCGCGCUGUAUGAGAGCGCAACAAAAUGCGGCACGCUUGAAGAUAAGCUCACGAAAGCAGAAAUGGAGAUGAUAAAAGUGCGGGGGGAAACCGAUCGUAUAAUUAGUACCUUUUUUUUACCGUUGUUGUUAUUUGAGUAGAAGAAGAAGUUGGAGUUUCUGCAUCAGCUUGUCUACGCCUCUCACACUAAUUGUAAAUUUGCAUCAAGUUGUUUCCGCUUUUGCUCUCGCUGCUUCUCUGAUGUAUCGGUAUCCUCGUCAAGUUUUGAUUUCUAUUCCUUGUCGAUUUCUAUUCCUAAGUCGCCAUCAACGAUAACAAACGAAUACGAAAACCCAUGAUAACUUCACUGAUCUUCAGAAUUGCGCGAAGAGCUCAAAAUGGUAGCGAAGGCGCAUCAGAAUGAAGUAGAAGGACUGCAGGACAUGCAUAUGCAUGAAAAACAGGAGAAGCAUGAGGAGUUUAUGGAUUCUAGCCGUAGUCAUGCCGCGGAAGUGGCCCGACUGCAGGAACAGGUCAUCGGCCUUAGAGCAGACCUGCACAAAUCGGAGACAACACAGCGGCAACUUCUUCAAAAAGCACACGAAGAGGAGAAGAUCAGAAACGAAGAGCAGGAGGCUGCAAACAGAAAGCAGAAGGAGGAAAGUUCUGAAAGAGCAGCUUCCAG